CUCACCAGCCUUGCUUCAUCUUGAAUAGCGCAAUCCCAUCUAUCUGUCAGUCUGAGCAUUCACCACAGUCCACUGCCACGAACACACUUUCGUCAACGCCGAUACCAGCACCAAACCCGUCAAUAUGGCUAGCCCAGGGCUCUCGCAGGAAGAUAAGGACUUCCGUGACGCUUUCAACAAGAUCUACGACCAUGCGAAAAGUCAAAUGGACAAAUAUGCCCUUCCUAACGAAGUCCAGCGCAAAACGAAAGAGCUCCUGCAAGCUAGGUUCCAAGAUGAAGCCGUCAUCAAGGCCCAGACUCCACUUAUAGUCAAGGGUUACGUCGCUUCAGGUGACUACAAGGCCGCGACGGCCAAGCUGAUGAAGCUAUAUGUCUCGCCACCUACUAGCGAAUCCGGCGGGUCGAGCAGCGGCCUGUCCGACACAAGCGCAACGGCCGAAUUCACGUUCAAGUACCGCGACCUGCCCGAGUUUCAAGGCAAUGCGGCCGUCGCGGCCUAUAUUCUCCAGAAAGAACUGAACAUUCUCGGAUCCAGCUACGGUAACGACCUCGUCAAGGAAACCGUAAGGAUUAUGAAGCACGACGCCAAGCCCAAGUCCCCGCCCUCCACCGUUGCCAAGGGCGAAGCCGCCGCCGAAUGGGUACACAAGAACGAUACAGAGUACAAGGCCCACGUCGAGAACUCCUAUAAACAGGCGGUGGUCAACCUCAAGAACCAAGGGACCCAAAUCGGCGAAAGGCAUCUAGCUGCCUUUGGCGGCCUGGGAGACUUGGGGACCCUGAAGAAGUAAGCUGUAAUGGGGGCGAAGCGAGCCGGCGCUGGCCUGCUGCGCUCGUGAAGCGAACCACGGGGGAAUAUCUGAUAAAUUAGUUCCUAGAUAAAAGAGCCGAGGCAGGACCUUCUCCUCUCGGGCACUGGCUGCCAAGAAUAUAAUUUUCAGUUUCGCUUGC